AUCGCGCCGCUCCUUUGAACGCUCCCUGAUUUUAGACUCAGCCAGCCAGCCCACUGUAUCAACACAUAAAAAUAAAUACUUCCAUAACUAUUUACGUAUAAAUUAAAUCAUCAUCAUCCCCAUUUACAUUUAUCAAAUAUUUUUUUUAUUCCUUACAAACACAAAUUUGUAUAUGAUUUGAUUGGGAUACGAAGAAGAUGAGAGCGAGGGUAUUAGUGUUCCCAAUAAAAGGAAGGAAUUGGUGUUUUAUUAGAUCCGUUGACCGGUCAACCACCUCAAAUUCAUCAUCAUCAUCAUCAUCAGAAUCUUCUUCUCCGACUACAUUCAAACAACUUUGGCAUAAAAUAUCUUCUCAAAAAUCAUCUGCUUCUUCUGCAGCCGCCAAUGUUGAAAUUUGUAUUGAUUUUGCUGCUAAUAAGAUGAAUAAGGCUUGGUCUGGUUUGGAAAAGGCGCCUCCGGGAAGCUUCAAGAGCAAGAUUCAUAGUUUGGGAUUAAAGCUUUUGUCACGCGUUAAGCCUUCUGAGAUCUUUUUGAAAUCGAUUCCAAAGCAGUUAACAGGUGUCGAGGUUGUCUUCCCAUCAAGCUUAAAUCCAAGACUCGUUCGAAGAAGAUUAAGGCAUAUGGCUUUGAGGGGGACUAUUGUUCACAAGAAUUACUUUUAUGGAUCAGUUACCCUACUCCCUGUUACCUCUGCUUUUGCUGUUCUGCCUUUGCCUAAUGUACCCUUCUUUUGGAUGUUGUUUCGCACUUAUUCCCACUGGAGGGCUCUGAAGGGAAGUGAAAAACUUCUUGAGCUGGUAUCAGACUCCUCAAAGAAUCAAAAUUCCCCUAAAAUAGAAGACCAUGGUAAUGAAGCAGCGGAGAAGAAAACCGACACUUCACAUGAUCCUCCACUGAUAAUGGAAGCAUCAGAGGAGCUUGAAAGACUAAUUGGUGACGGCAAUGAAGUUAGCAAGUGUAGUUUAAAAGACAUUUGCAAAAUCUUUGAUUUGAACACCAUGGAUGUGCUAAAAUAUCAGCAACACCAAAUCUAGUUUAGGAAAAAAAAUUGAUUAGAAAUUUUGAUCUAUUGAACUAUGUAUUUAAACAUAGAUGGAUCUGAUUUACAGUUUUGUUUGUGAAAUUCAUAACACGCCUGUCUAAGGAUCACUGGCGAUUUUGUUAGUGUUUCUGCAUGAGGGAAUAUCAUGGGAAUGUUGAGGUUCAACAUAACUAAACAAUUGUGUAGUUUCUAUAUGGAUUUUUCUCCAGUUAUAUUAGCCAAAACUGUUCCCAGAAGUA